AGACAGGAGAGGGACACGAAGCAGAGGAACAGAACAAUGCAGAAAUUUCGAGGAUUAUAUUAAAAAAAUGCAUUCCUCCUCCAAUCAUUCUUCACUUUCAGCAAUUGUGACCCGCUGGGGACAUCGUAUUCCUCUUCACUCAUCCUAUUUACAUCUCACUCCCCGCCCCCCGCCGAAGCUGGCCGCCUUCUCCUACCGCCGCUGCCGCGCCUACCCCUAUCUCCUCACGGGGAACGCUCUCUUUUCCCGCAUGGAGCAGUUCUGGGCUGGAAGUGGUAUUGGUAGGAACCAAGAUAUGGUGUCUCAUUUGCAGAGCUCAGGCGUGAUAAGAUCGAAGAAAGUAGCAGAAGUAAUGGAAACAAUCGACAGGGCUUUGUUUGUGCCGCCGGGUGCACAGCCCUAUCUUGAUAGUCCUAUGCCAAUAGGCCACAAUGCUACGAUUUCUGCUCCUCAUAUGCAUGCAAUGUGCCUUGAAUUGUUGGAGAACCAUUUGAAGCCCGGCAUGUGCGCACUGGAUGUUGGUUCGGGGACUGGGUAUUUGACCGCUUGCCUUGCUGUCAUGGUUGGACCAGAAGGGCAUGCAGUUGGAGUCGAACAUAUUCCAGAACUAGUCGAGUCUUCUAUCGAAAGUAUCAAAAAGAGUGCUGCAGCUCCCCUACUUAAAGAAGGGUCCCUCUCAAUUCAUGCUGCAGACGGCAGGCAGGGCUGGCUGGAGCACGCGCCCUAUGAUGCUAUUCACGUUGGAGCUGCUGCAGUAGAAAUUCCUCCAGCACUCAUCGAGCAACUGAAGCCAGGUGGCAGAUUGGUGAUCCCCGUGGGGAAUGUCUUCCAGGAUCUGCAAGUCGUUGACAAGAAUGAGGAUGGCAGCCUAAGUGUCCGGAGCGAAGCCUCUGUGCGUUACGUUCCAUUGACAAGCCGAGAAGCUCAGAUCCAGGGUCCACAAUAUUAGGUAUAGAGUUAUGUUGCGCUGUAAGUAAUCCAUCGUUAUGUUUAGGGUUUAGGGUCUAUGAACUAAGAGACUAGCUUUCAAUAUUUUAAUACUCCCUCCGUCCCAGUAAAGAUUACCCAUUUUUUUUGCAAGUAUUUUUGGAAAAAUAUAAUAAUUAGUUAAAAUGAAGAGAAAGUAAAGUAAUAAAGAAAAUAAUAUAGAGGAGAUUCUAUAUUAUUCUCUCUCCACCUUAAUUAUUUAUUGUCAUUUUUUCAAUACAAUUGCGAAAAAAAGGAAAGGGUCAUCUUAACUGGGAUAGAUGGAGUAGUAGUGUUUAUUUCAUCGCACAUUUGAUUUGGUAUAUGUAAAUUGUGUCAUUGAAAUUCAGGCCA